GCAAUAUAGCGUCUCGCCCGCCCAAGGCGCUAGCGUGCGGGGCAGUGCGCAGCGGGCGGGCAGGGACAGAGGCCCCAGAGACCGAAGCAGAGUACACCCCAACGGCCUGGAGCAGAGCGAGCACCAUGAGCUACAAAUGCGACGUUGUCGUGGUGGGGGGCGGCAUCUCAGGUAUGGCAGCAGCCAAACUUCUGCAUGAUUCCGGCCUGAAUGUCGUAGUUCUGGAAGCCCGGGACCGUGUGGGAGGCAGGACUUAUACCAUUAGGAACCAAAAUGUGAAAUAUGUGGACCUUGGAGGAUCCUAUGUUGGGCCAACCCAGAAUCGCAUUUUAAGGUUGGCCAAGGAGCUGGGACUGGAGACCUACAGAGUGAAUGACAUUGAGCAUCAGAUUCACCAUGUAAAGGGCAAAUCAUACCCCUUCAGGGGCCCAUUCCCUCCUGUAUGGAAUCCAAUUACCUACUUAGAUCAUAACAACCUUUGGAGGACAAUGGAUGAUAUGGGGCAAGAGAUCCCCAGUGAUGCCCCAUGGAAGGCCCCCCUUGCAGAAGAGUGGGACAACAUGACCAUGAGGGAGCUUCUGAACAAGCUCUGCUGGACUAACUCUGCGAAGCAGCUUGCCACUCUUUUUGUAAACCUGUGUGUCACAGCCGAGACGCAUGAGGUUUCUGCUCUCUGGUUCCUGUGGUACGUGAAGCAGUGUGGGGGCACAACCAGAAUCAUCUCAGUAACCAAUGGAGGCCAGGAGAGGAAAUUUGUGGGCGGAUCUGGUCAAGUGAGUGAGCGGAUAAUGAAUCUCCUUGGGGACCGAGUGAAGCUAGAGAGGCCUGUGGUCCACAUUGACCAGACAGGCGAAAGUGUCCUUGUGGAGACCCUAAACCACGAAAUGUAUGAGGCUAAAUAUGUAAUUAGUGCUAUCCCUCCUGCUCUGGGCAUGAAAAUUCACUUCAAACCCCCUCUGCCAAUGAUGAGAAACCAGCUGGUGUCCCGUGUGCCUUUGGGUUCAGUCAUCAAGUGCAUAGUCUAUUAUAAAGAGCCAUUCUGGAGGAAAAUGGAUUUUUGUGGAACCAUGAUUAUUGAGGGAGAGGAAGCUCCAGUUGCCUACACAUUGGAUGAUACCAAACCUGAUGGCAACUAUGCUGCUAUAAUAGGAUUUAUCGUUGCUCACAAAGCCAGAAAAUUGGCACGACUUACCAAAGAAGAAAGGCUAAAGAAACUUUGUGAGCUCUAUGCAAAAGUCUUGGGCUCCAAAGAAGCUCUGAAGCCAGUGCAUUAUGAAGAGAAGAACUGGUGUGAAGAGCAGUACUCUGGAGGCUGCUACACAACCUACUUCCCUCCUGGGAUUAUGACCCAAUAUGGAAGGGUUCUACGCCAGCCAGUGGGCAGGAUUUUUUUCGCAGGCACUGAGACUGCCACCCACUGGAGUGGCUACAUGGAGGGCGCUGUGGAGGCUGGAGAGAGAGCAGCUCGAGAAGUCUUGCAUGCCAUAGGGAAGAUUCCAGAAGAUGAAAUCUGGCAGCCAGAACCAGAGUCUGUGGAUGUCCCUGCGCAGCCCAUCACUGCGACCUUCUUGGAGAGACAUUUGCCCUCUGUGCCGGGCCUGCUGAGGCUGAUUGGAAUAACUACUGUCAUUUCAGCAAUGGCACUUGGCUUCCUGGCCCACAAAAGGGGGCUACUUUUGCGGAUCUAAAGCCUUCUGUAACUACCCUCUCUUCUUCCUCUAAGAUGCAGAUUUGGGGAAGGGGCUGCCAUUGAAAUUCCCUGACAAUGGAAAGAAUGCAGCAGGAAGUAUGUGAUUAAGUCAGACCACAGGAAGCACAGCAUCACUUUCUAUUUCAAACCCAGGCUAGUAUUCCUUACCUAAUUUAGUGCUCUAUCCCACCCAUUUCCAAGUUUACUGAAUUUAGAAACUUCAGAUUAGCCUAAGAUCUUUGCUUUCCCAUAAUGGACCUUAGCCACUACUCACACAGCUAGCCUUCUCCCACUUCUAGUGCUUUGUGCUUGUCCUCAGCUUCCCAGGUUCUCUGCAUUUGUCCUUAGAAUUCUGUACUGUGAUAACUGAAUUGUGUAUUGUUACAGCUUAGCAUCCAGCCUUCACUUUUUUUUUUUCCAUAAUUUUAUUGAGAGACAAAUAGCAAUGAGACAGUUUCAGAUCAAAUUGGUAGGACAG